AUGCUGCCGAGAGUCAAACAAAAGACUCUUGCCCGUCUCGAAGAAGCUCGCAAGAACCGUCGAAAGCCUCCAGAUCCAACCCAGGAUUCAUUCGUGGAAAAAAUGAUCACUCAAGUGAUUAAGAAUCUUCAGGUAACUGUGUCUAAUAUCCAUGUUCGAUGGGAAGAUAAGUAUACAAAUAGAAUUCGUCCUUCGGUGGCUGGAGUUACCCCUGGAGAGGCUCGAUUCAGCAAUUGGAUCCCAACCAUUCAUAGAGAUGUUGUGAAAAUAUUCCAUAAACUUGUUCUGCUUGACAAUCUGGCCGUCUACUGGAACUCGGGUUCAGAAUUAUUCUCAGAUUUGCCUGAUAAAAAGGAGAUCCGUAGAAGCUUCAGGCUACAAUUCACAACGGAAGCAAUCAGCCUGAUGGUUACAAGUAUAAUAGAUCUCUCUAUUGAUAUGGAAACAUUAGCGUUGGCUAUUGGGAAAUUUCAAUAUCAGGAUAUUUUACUGUUCCUAGAGGCACAAGAAAGAUUCAAUCUCGCAACGCAGUAUCUGAAAUACCGCCCUCAUCUCAACGAAUAUCGUGGACACUACAAAGAAUGGUGGCAUUUUGCUUAUACGGCCAUAUUGGAAGAGAAAGUUCGUCGUCGAAGGAAUAACUGGUCAUGGCCCAGAAUGCGUGCCCAUAGACAGCUUGUUCGCGCAUAUCGAGAUGCAUGGUUGAAACAGCAAACAACGAGAAGUCCGGGGUCAGAAGUCACUGACGUUAUCAAGAAAGCAGAGGAACAACUGGAUGUUUUUAACGUAAAUGUCGCACGACAGCAGGCUGAAAUGGACAUCGAUCGUCAGGGAUUGAAGAGAGUCGAAGAUCAGCCACAAGGAUGGCUUGCGUGGGGAGCAAGUUGGCUCGGAGUUGGAGGCGGAGAUGAACAAAGUGAUACCAAAAAGUCAAAGGAUUUCGCCACACAGUUCAAUGAAGCGAUGACUCCGGCAGAGAAGGAAAAACUCUUUGAAGCGAUCGACUAUCAGGAGAACAUGCCACCUACAAAUUAUCCUAAGGAAUUUGUGGAAAACAAACUAGAUUUCCGUUUAAAACAGGUGGCUGUAGCUGUAGAUGGUGCUGUAGAGCUUAAUCUACUCAACCUGAGAGCACAUUUAGAGCAACGUCCGAGUGCGAAUGCUAUGAAGUACGUCCCUAUAGAUAUCUAG